UCGAGAUGAGGAUUUCUUACAUAUUGUGCAUAUGUUUUAUUUCAAUAACUGUUUUUGGAGAAGAAUUACACGGAAAUCAAAAUCUUCACUUAAUUUUGAAAGAAAUGGAUUCGAUGAAAAAAAUGCUCCAACAUAAUAGCGAAAAGUUGAUAGAGAUCGAUUAUCUGAGGGAACGUACACUGGCAUUGGAACGUGAGGUUGAGGGAUUAAAACAUCAAAAUCACAAUCUUAAUCAAAAGGUUGAAACCCUGGAAAGACGAUGUGCGGAGCACUCUGUAGAGGAUGUCGAAGGAACAUUAAAAUCUGACACGACCGUCAACACGACAAACAAUCAAAAGUAUGCUUACGAACAGACAUUUGAACUAAAGAAACGGACUUCUCAUUUUAAUCGUCGGAGAAGUAUGAUAUCAAGACAAACAUCUCUUCAAUCAAACAUAGCAUUUACCGCAGGAGUAUCGGCUUAUAAUCUUCAUAAUUUAGGCAAUCAUCAAACUAUCAUAUUCGAUCAUGUUAUCACAAACAUUGGCAAUGCUUACCAUCCACAUACUGGGAUCUUUAAUGCCCCGGUUAAAGGCGCUUAUGUUAUAACAUUAACAAUGACAGUGGAACCUGACGGAGUUCAAUGGCUGGAUAUAGUGGAAUUGACGGAGCUGCAAUAAACUAUAUAUCAGCCGGCACAGGAAGCGCUUUGGAUUACGCAUCUACAACCAAGCAAUGGAUUCUAGAACUAGACACUGGGUCCGAAGUGUGGUUCAGGAAGACUAGCAAUAUCAAAUAUAUCAAAUAUCAGGAUCUCCAUGGAAAUAUGAAUACUAUCAUGUCUGGAUUCCUUUUAUUUCGAACAUAAACACUUUUGUCUGAUUAAAAUAGCAGUCCAUCUUUUCAAACGAUAAA